AUGGAAUCCCUGGAUCGUCCGAUACGCACUUGGAUAGCAUCCGAACGAGAGGAAGAGGUUAUUGCAGUCGUCUCGGAAAUCAGCAGUGGAAAUGCCACACUGCUUGAUGUUGUUAAAUCGCUUGGAAAGUACCUCACCGCGGAAGAAGAUGAAUUGCGGACCAAAGGAGUUGAUUUUCUGUCUCUUGUCCUCUCAAAAUGUCCCGCAGAAAAGAUGAAUCGGCAGUCGGUGCGCGUCCUAGUAGCAUUCUACUGCGGGAAGCUCGAAGAUACAGAGACUAUUGUACCCGCGCUGAAGGGUUUGGUCUCCCUUACUGCCAUGCCUGAUUUGACAUCGAUCGACGCCGUGGAGGUCAUGAAGGCGUUGAUCAACCACGUUCGGAUGAAGGUCUUAAUUCAAUCCCAACGGUUUACGGUUUAUAAGAUUGUCGAUACGCUGAUCGCCAACCAACGUGAUGCUCUGAAGGGAAUGGGUAAAGAGUUUCUGUCCGGUUAUAUCUCUCUCGCCGAAGGAGAGAAGGAUCCUCGCAAUCUCCUCAUAUCUUUCGCCAUCGAUCGCGUCUUAUUACUUGAAUUCGAUGUUGCUGCCCAUGUCGAGGAUUUAUUCAACAUCACAUUUUGUUAUUUCCCUAUCACAUUCAGGCCUCCGCCCGACGACCCAUAUGGCAUUACGACUGAUGACCUCAAGAAUGCACUCAGUGCCUGUCUUCACGCGACACCCCUUUUUGGACCAUUGGCUAUCCCUCUUUUCCUUGAAAAGCUCACAGCGGGAACUCCCAUCACGAAGAGGGAUACGCUCAAGGCACUCGAUGUCUCCCUUCCGGUAUAUGGGGCAAGUGUUGCGCGAAAUCAUGCCAGGAAGUUGUGGAACUCCCUGAAGCUUGAGAUCUUCCAACCAACAGACAUCAUCACAGAGGAAGCCGCUCUCCAUACCACACAAGUAUUGAUCCGGACUAUCUAUUCUGCCGACGAUAGCGAAAGCCCUUCUGACAAGGAGGAAGUUCACGGUCUCGCGAAAGAGGCUUGCGACGAAUGUAUCGAGGUCCUGCGUGAGCCCGAGAAGAGCCAGGCCAAGCCUGCAAUUAAAGUCCUUUGCGCAUUCAUGUCAACCACUCCAUCUGUUGCUAAGCACACCCUGUCGCGUACAACGCCGCACCUUGUGAAGCUUUUCCUCGAUCCGGAUGAAAUGACCAACAGAGGCCCUAUCUUGAGACUGCUGGCGGACUUUAUAGUCGCUUCCCGAGAUUCAAUGUCGAAAGACUCGGAAGUAUUACCUGCAGAGGAUGAUGUUCCACUACUUUCUUACAAGGACGAAGUACUUGGCAUUCUGACGGUUGGGUUAAAGACGCCAUCAUCUGCGCAGCCAGCUCUGGAUGGUCUGAAAGGGAUGGUGACAACGAGGGGUCUUCUCACAGACGAGGAGAUAGGCUUUGUGGUCCAUAAUGUUAACGAGCUGCUGCAGAAGGAAGGAGAAGAGAGUGACGAAGUCAGUGACUACGCUUUGAACUUGUUGACGGUCAUCUCUGAUUUCGCUUCCAACCAUGUCUCACAAACCACACUUCCUCUUCUCUUCAGCUCAUUGCCUGACCGUGCACCCCCGCGCGACGCCCAGCCAGAGAGACUGAAGUACUGGCGCACCCUGGCGUCGCUCACUCGCCUGUGCAAGCAACCAGAUCUCUUUGAGACGCUCGUAGUGCGAUUGUUGACAAAGCUAGACCUUGUCUGCGUCCCCCCUACGACAGCAGUGAACGAGCUGGAGUCAGACACAGAACCCAGCGCAGCCUACGCGCAUUCUCUCCUCCGGACGAUCUCGGACGUACUGGCGGCCAAAGUCGAUGCAGGACACAGCGACGUCAUGAAAUUUAUUGAUCGCCUCGUUCCGCGAUUGUAUAACCUUUUCAUUUACUCUGCGCUCAUGUCGGAUAGCACCUGUAUGGUGGCGACCGACCCUCGUCUAAUAUCCGUCACUGCACAUAUUAUUACUCUGGUGGUGCAGACAUUGACCGCUCAACGUCAGGAAGCGUUUGUCGCAGUGCUUUUUUCUGGGUACUUACAGGGGGACGUUCAUCAGCUAGCUGAUGGGUACCAGAAGAUACCAACGGACAAGAAAUUUGAACCACUAGCGCCUGAUGCGCCAGGGCUACAUAAAAACCUCCUUGCUCUGCUCUCGGCGGCGGUAGUUGCUUUGUACAAAGAAGUCCCACUCCCUUGUCCCGAUGAGACAACCUUUCUCGAUACGCUCCUGCAAUGGUCAUGCCUCUGCACAGACAAUGUCUUGCAGAGAGAUGCCAUCGCUCACACCAUUUCCUCAGUCGUCAACAAGAGGGCUGGCGGCCUAUCGUCUCUUCUUUCGGAGAAAGCGGAUAGGUUCUGGACAACACAGGUCGCCGACCCAAGCGUACCCUCGGAGAAACGACGCCAUGCUCUUUGUAUUUGGAUAUGGAUGACGAAAGCUUUGUUGGUACGGGGCGAUGCAGCAGCGACAAACUACGUCAAUCGCCUGUUUGAGUUGUUUGACGAUGCCGAGAUCAGCUGGGACGCUGCGCGAGGUGUCGGAAGUGCUAUUGGUACUGACAAGGUUUUGACCAAAAGGAACCACGCUGUCAUCAAGGUCACCAGCGUUCUAAUCAUGCCAUAUCAUAUCAGGGCUGACACAGACAUGUUCAUAGAUUUUCUUCUGCCGCUACUUCUCCGCGGGUUGGAUCUCCCAGACACCGAGAUUCGUGCAGCAAUCAUGGAUACACUUUUCACUGCUGCCCAGUCAGGCUCAAAAGAGAAUAAUGUUGUAUCUGAACAUGCGUCCACCCUCGUGUCGACGAUGCUCAAGAAUUGUAUGGUGCAGGAGACGCCUUCCAUGCGUGUCCGUACUGCAGCGUUACGUUUCCUUGCGAUACUCCCAAAUACCGUGCGCUACGAUGUCCUACAUCCGUACAAAGCGACGGUCAUCAGAGAGCUAGUAAAGGUGCUCGAUGAUCCAAAGAGGGCUGUGCGGCAGGAAGCUGUCGAGGCGCGGACAAAUUGGUGA